AUGUUACUUAACACCACCAAGGCGACUAGUGAUGAAAUCACUGAUCAUGUGGAAGUCAGCGCGCCCAAACAAUUCACACUGAUUGGCAGCACCAUCAAUUUACCAAAAAUUAGUCAUGCAACACCACUGCCGCCUUCAGUUUUUCAAACAAUCACCGUGAAGUCAACCAUUCAAAGGAAUCAAUACCAACACGCAAGGGCCGAGUCCCUAGGACCUACAAGACACCAGUCUUUCUCCUCUACGGAAGACUAUUGGAAUGAUUGCUCCGAAACCUCGCUCUGUUUUGAUGACUCGAUGCCCUCCCAUCUUUACACCCCCUCAACGUUUCCCAAGAACGCAAUUGCUCAAGAAUUCGUGGCAAGACCGUUGAAAAUAAUUCAAACCCGGCUUGGAUUCCAAAAAAUUCAUUCAGGGACCAGCGAUAUCAUGAGCAAGUAUGUGUAG